AUGCACCGCCCCAUGCAGCCCUGGCAUCGCCUGGCUGCCCACAGCCUCUGCAGGGCUGUCGGCACAUCCUCCCCGUCCCCAAAGCUGCGUUCCCACAGUGCUGCUGGGCCGGCCCUGCUGGGAUCCCCCUGCAGCCUGACUCACAUCCUCUCUGUUCCCUUGCCCCCUCCAGUGGACCAGAGCAUGUUUGAGAACGCCAGCGCCGGCACGGCACCCGCGCCGCGGGCACAGCACGUCCCUGCCGCGGUGGGCGCCGCGCCCCAGCCCUGCCGGCCCGCCGGCAGCCAGCACCUGCGCAACCUGGGCAAGGCCGUGGGCGCCAAGGUGAACGACCUGCUGCGGCGCCGGGAGCCGGCCGGCCUGCCCGCCGUGGGAGCCACGGAGGUGAACGCCAGCGCGGGCGCCGUGCUGGCCACGGCACAGCCGCCCGCCGAGCACGGGGCUGUGGCACUGGAGGCCUUUCCCCGGCUGGAGCCCCCGCCCCCCAUCACCAAGAAGCGGACGCCGCGCGCCCUGAAGACCCCCCAGGACAUGCUCAUUGCUCCGCAGCCGGAGGGGACCGGCGCCAGGGGUGGCACCGAGGAGCCUCCUGAACCGCCCCCGGCUCACCCUGAGCCCACAGAGGAGCAGCCGGGGAUGGGGGACCUGUCUCCUCCAGCAUGCCCUGGUGUCCUCGGUGUGACAGGUGCCCUAGAGCCCAGCGGGGACCAGCCUACCAGUGCCCUACCCGUGCCCGACCUCAUCCAUAAGGGCAGCCAGGAGAGCCAGUGGCAAGUGGGUGAGAGGGCCACUGAGAUGUCAGCCAGCACAGAGAAGCCCUCACGGAGACAGGGGCUGGAGCACGAGCCAGCAGCGAGCACGGGGCGUCCAGAACCACGUGCCUCUGGCUGGGAGGUGGAGGGGGCCCAUCCUGACCUACUGUCCUUUGAGUAGCAGUGGGUGGCUGUGACAGGGGUGCCAUGGGGGCUGGCUCUCCCAGACUUGUCUCUCACUGCCACUUGCCUUUUUUGGGGUGAUUAUUUUGGAAAGGGGGAAGUCCUGGAGUGGAACGAGCCAUUUGCUGCCCAGUGUGGGCUCUGGGGAGCCAUGAAAACCUGCUUCUCCCCAGAUUCCCAGGAGGGGCACAGCCUGUCCUGCCAUGGUUUCUGCAGCCCCAUUCUGGCCCCCUAUUCACCCUAGUCAUGCCAAGCUCCUGUCCUGCCACAGUGCCACUGCCACCCUGUCUGCAGCCAGGAGCCUUGCUGAACUGGGAACCAAGGGGGUGCGUGGGGGUAGAAGUGCCAGCCUGCCCCAAACCCCAUUGGCUCUGCUGGAGCGAGCAUCCUGUGAGAAUCCCACAUGCACUACACACUUCCCCGUGUCUGCACUGGCUGCCUUGGUCCAGAGGAUUUCCCAGCUCACACCAUGUGCUUGCUGAGAUGCCCCGUCCUGGGUACCAGCAGGCUCACCCAGCCCUGGUGCCAGGAGCCAGGACAGCAGAUGUGUCCAGAGCCUUCUCCAGGUGCUGACCUCGUGGUGUUACUCUGCUGAGUGCCAUCUCCUUGCACUGGGGCCCCAGAUGCACUGGGCUCUGGCAGGAUGCACAAUUGCUGGCCAGUGGGCUCUGGCAGGGAGCUGAGCUCUCUGUGAGACUCCCUUCCAGCUCCUGCUUGUUUCCUGGUCUCAUCCCAGCCACCAUGGACAGAGCUGUCCAGGCAGGCAGCCCUCUCCAUAAAGGGGAGUCACUGCUCCCCUUUAUUUCCUGGGACGGUGCUCUCUGCAAGACUGGGACACACAAAGCCACGUGGUCCUCUGAAACUGCUGCAUGAGUGUUUUGCCAUGGAUUACAGGAGAAGUUAGCCAGCCUGGGGACAUCUCUGUCAACGCAAGGCAGCAGCUCUGAGAUGGAACUUUUUGCUUAGAGCUUUUAUGUACAUCCUCACCGCAAAGGUGGUUUUCAGAGGAAAAGCUCCAAAGCCCCAGGCUGGGUUGGAGGAACCCAGGAGCUCAUGGGUGAGGCUGCUCACAGCUCCUUCUGGGCCAUACAGGAUGGUUGGGCUGAAGAAAUGUCUUCCACCACCCAAAGCCAUGCUAUCCCGCUGGAGGAAGGAAGCUGUGAGCAGGGAUCCCCUCGCCCUGGGAGCAGCCCCCCAUGUCCUUGUUGUUGGUGUGGGGAUGCCACAGUGGCACUGGGGCCCUGCAGCUCUGUGCUCUGGGAAAGCCCUGCUCAAGAGUGAAGGGACGCAGAGUUGCACAGAGCCCAUGUUCAGUGCUGAGGUGUCACACACCCUGACAAUGUGAUCACGCUGUGCAUGGCCACCUGCACCCUCAGCUCCAGGGGUGUGUGUGUGCUGCCAGGUCUGCACUGCGGUGUUGGUGUUGAUGGAAACCAGGACUUGCAGGCCCUGUCUGAAGAACCACUAUCUUCAAUCGCUGUGAUCCCAAGGGAACCUUCCCCUUGAGGGUUGUCACUCACAGCCGGUUAGAGUCCAGUCCCUCUAUUUAUGUUGUCAGGGUGCGUGUGUGUGGUUUGAGACAAGAGAUGCAGAUUGCACAAUAAAUUUUUUUGGUUUUUGUACCUA